GUACGCAACAUCUUCAAUAAAGUCAACCAGAAUAUUCUUCGAUUACUAGAACAAUAUUUCCGUUCACUUUACAAGAUCUUAAGUACAAUACACACAAUCUGCCCACUUUAGGCAAUCUCCUGUCUCCUACUAUCAUAACAGCUACUUGAGCGAGCUGCCCAAGGUUAACACGAAUAUCGAAUACGCCCUUUCAUCGCCAAAUCUUCGAACCGGUUAAGAGUGUAAUAUAACUGGUGGAUAACUUCAGACGAGAUGGCUUCAAAUAUUUCCUUAGAAGAACGACGAAACCUUUUUGCUAAGCAUAUUGAUGCUAUAUACUUUAUCGAACCCAAACCCUUCCUAGAUCUCAGUAAAUUGUCCUUCCCAGCAUGGAGGAGUAAAUUGAUCCAAUCUUUCGCCGAAGACAAAAAGUCGAAGGAUCCCAAUUCACUCCUGCCAUCGCGGUCGCGGCUGGACAAGAUGAUCCAGGACAAGAAAGCAAUCGAUGCUAGUCCCGGCAUCAUCCUAGAGGUGCCAGAGGGCUACAAGGGAACUCCGGCAUCGUAUAAGAAUGCUUUGAAGCAUGAAUACGAGGUGAAGGAUGGCACACUCUGGGAAAAUUAUGUGCCUAAAGGGGGAGAUAAAGGCAAGGCGGAGUCGAAGCUAGUAGUACCAGGCGAGAAUUUUUGGGCACUCUUCGUAGAGAACCAUUUGCCUGACCAUCUUGGCAGGGACAAAUGUUUUUCAAGAGUGGGCUCGAUUAAGUAUCUUCCCAAGAAAAUUAUUGGAGACAUGAUACUUAGCUGCUGUAGUGAUUGCGAAGGAAGAAAGAAGGGAAAGAGGGCUCUGCCAGUCGAAAGAGAUGCUGUCGAAGAACCAGCCGCCAAGAGACGCGCGGAGGUUAAUCAAAUGGGUCAAGCCCUCCCUCUUCACGAUUUUUCGGUUGAGAAUAGGCCUAGUCCCGUCGCCUCCCCACACGGUCAGUUGGCCAGCCCUUCGUCGGCUCUCUUUGCUUCUGGGUCCCCCAACCCUAAUGUCGGUGGAUCGGCUUCCAAUGGUGAGGAGUUGCAAUCAUUUUUGGGCCGCCAAUCCCCUAAGGGUUCGAUCCCCUUAAGCGGUCCAGUUAACCAUCCUGAUGUUGCCACUUCUUCUGCCACUCCGACUCCGCCUCUACCUUCUUCUUUGCUUCCUCCUUUUGCUGCUGUUUUGUUUGGUGAUACUGGUUUUUUUGAUGAACAUUUUGCGGCAAUUACCUGUGAUGGGCAUGGAAACACGGGUGACAAAUGUUCUGAUAGAUCUUCUUAAGCGGUUGUCUUGUCUCUCUGGGUCUCUAACCCGGGCCACGGUCAAAGCCGUGAUAUCUCGGUAUGCGAAGGAGACGAGGAGAGUUCAAGAUGCCACUUAGCGUAGCGAAUGGUCUGUACUGUACUAUAUUGUUAAGUUUGUAGCCAAUUUUGGCACUGUGUAUUUUUCUUUUGUAUAUUCUUGUAUGUUACGUUUCGAUGGCUUUGCGAUACCUUGCGUUGACGCACAUGUUUUUACUAGUUUGUAACUUGUAACUUGUAAUUUUUUAAUUUUUAAUUUUUA